AACUUAAUUUUCAAACUAGAAACAAUAGGUUACCAAACAACCCUUAAUUUUUGGUGCUUUUCGGUGGAUAUAUGGCUGGACUGGCUAACUUACAAAUCAUUGUAUUUCAUUGAAUAAAUGAUGUCAAAAUUCUUUCACACAAUCCUUACAAACAAGCGCAUGUGGAGUUCCAAUUUUCAAAUUUCGAUUCUCUUAGCACAUGUUUCAUAUAACCGUACAUAGUUGUAUAUAUUUUCCAUAAGAAACUAUAGACAGAGCUACAAUGUGAUGGAUAUAAAGAUUUUGUCUUCGAUAGGGUAAAGGAAGCACAUGAUAAAGUAUAUGACAUUUCAAGAAUCGUUUAGCUAGCUCAGAGCCCAGUAAAAAAGAUUGGCAUGACAAAAGUUAAAUGCACUUUAACUGUGUAUUAUACAAGCACAAAACCUUUCACCCUAAGUGUCUACUGGGGGUGAGAUUAGGGGAGGGCCCCUGAAAGAUAUUGCCAUCUUAUCAAGGCAACAAUUUAAUGGUCAAAACAAACUAUAUAAGAUGGCGUUUUCUAUAGCCUAAAGACAUAACACAGGUUAAACGCAUAAAGGGAACUAUUUUUCUAACCAUAUCAAAUAAGAAAAAAACUAUGAGGUUGUUCUCUCAAAUAUUUAUUACUAUCCUAUUGCACCUAUAUAAAACAAGUCACAUAAUACUUUUCACGCCCGACAAUUAGGAUACCAAGAUAACUGAGAACAUGAAAACUUUUUUUAAAAAAAUGUGGGAAUGAGUUUCCGGAGCUAAGACCAAUAUUACCGGCAGAGUCCAUCAAAACAGUAAGGAGAUGGGGGAUUUGAAGACUUUAAGGUUUGAAUUUUCAUUACUUUGAACCAUGUGAUGAAUUAAAAUAAAGAGAAAAGAAAACUUCGAUUAAUUUUUUAAUAAUUGGAUUUGCACAAAUUCACAUAUCAUUGUAAGGGGAAGCAUUUUAAUAUGAGGAGAAACACAGAGGGAAAUCAUGAUCACUUGUACUUUUCCUCUCUAGGUGACUUGACAGACAUUCUCUGUAGUUUAAAAGAUUAGAGCUCAAACUCUUUAACAGCGCUGGCCAAGAUAAACGGUCUCUUGAGACUGGUCCAGGUUUCUGUACUUUUAUGAUUAGUUUUUCUGUGUGACCGGGGCUUUACAUAUACAUAUACUCCCCGAUAACAUGUGGAAGACUGAAUCUCGAGGAAUUAUAAAUGGCGAACAUUACAUUAGCAGACGAUGGGAAAGUCUAAGAUGAACUGAAAAUGAGUGAUACAAGAAGCGAAGGAGGAUUCAUCGAUGGCUUCUUACGGCGGCUUUUACCUGUGGAUGGUCUUCCCCAAGGGCUGCCUCCAGAUGAGAUGAAAGAGGAGUUAAAAUCCCUGGCGAAGUUUGCAGGCCCCAUAAUAAUGACGUCUUUUCUAAUAUACUCAAGGUCGGUUGUUUCAAUGCUCUUCUUAGGUCAUCUCGGGAAAGCAGAACUAGCUGGUGGUUCACUGGCACUUGGGUUCGGAAACAUCACGGGCAUAUCAAUUCUGAGGGGCCUAUCAACAGGCAUGGAUCCAAUUUGCUGCCAAGCUUUUGGAGCAAAGAGAUGGUCACUUCUCAGUCAAACCUUCCUCAAAACACUCUGCCUCCUACUACUUGUCUCCGUACCCAUCUCCAUCUUAUGGCUAAAUAUGGAACCCAUCCUUCUCUGGUUAGGUCAGGACCCUGCCAUCACUCAAGUUGCAAAGGUUUACAUGGUUUUCUCCAUCCCUGAAUUGCUAGCUCAAGCGCACCACCUGCCACUCAGGAUUUUCUUAAGAACCCAAGGCAUCACCACCCCAAUUACAGUAGCCUCCAUUUGCUCUGCCGUAUUACACCCUCCCAUAAAUUACUUUCUGGUGACAUAUAUGAAGUUGGGGGUGGAAGGUGUGGCUCUCUCACUCGCGUGGAACACCUUGAACCUAAAUGUGGGUCUAAUGAUUUACCUUGCUCUCUCUAGUAAACCGUUGAAGCCUUGGCAUGGCGUCACAAUUCUGUCGACUUUCCAGGGAUGGCAGCCUUUGUUAAGUUUAGCAGUGCCGAGUGCGGUGUCGGUGUGCUUGGAGUGGUGGUGGUACGAGAUAAUGUUGUUCCUUUGUGGCCUUCUGAGUAACCCACAGAACACCGUCGCGGCCAUGGGUAUCCUCAUCCAGACAACCGGAAUGUUGUACAUAGUUCCAUUUUCUUUAAGUGCAGGAAUUACAACUCGCAUAGGCCAUGCCCUCGGCGCAGGGCAACCCGUUCGUGCCCAGUGGACCGCCGUGAUAGGACUUUCUUCGGGGUUGGCUUUUGGACUAGCCGCCUUCGUUUUCAUGACCUCCGUCAGGUCGGUAUGGGGAAAAUUGUAUACAGAUGAGCCACAGAUUCUUCAGAUGAUCUCCAGUGCACUACCAAUAUUGGGUCUGUGUGAAAUUAGCAACUCUCCUCAAACCGUCGCCUGUGGGGUUUUAACAGGGACUGCGAGACCGAAACUAGGGGCAAGAAUAAAUUUGUAUGCAUUCUACUUCAUUGGACUGCCCGUUGCUGUCCUGGCUACUUUCACCUUCAAUACUGGCUUUCUGGGAUUAUGGUUUGGACUAAUGACUGCUCAGAUUUCCUGUUUGUGUAUGCUGGUGCGUACGCUACUUCGAACAGACUGGGUCCAACAAAGUACGAGGGCCGUGGAGCUGGCUACGACAGCAGGAGAGGAGACUGCCAAAGAAGACGAGGAUGUCGAAAGUGGGCUAAUCGACGAUAAUGCGGAUCUCUAAGUCUCAACGGCCAAAAUUCUGCACACCAAUUUCCAAUAGGGAGCUUCAGAUAUCCUCUCGGCCGAACACAGUAAUGGAGAAACAAAUGACGGGUAGCCCUAGAUUGUCCAAGAUAUUGUAAUUCAUUCUCUUAGAAAGCAGAAUCAUUCUUUUUAAUUCAUAGUUCCCAUGUUGAUACCA